UCGUUCUUUAUUUCUGAAAUUCUGUAUCUUUCGAACCCCGCAGUGCCGCACCGGUGUCUCAAGUGCAAAUGAGAUACAAGGGCAAGGUAUUGGAAGACGUAGUCCAACCCUCUCCUUAAUAAUUGCGCAAAGUAAGGGUACCCUUCUAAGUCUAAAUAAUUCAGAAUAAUUGAUGCAAGCUUAUUUGCGAAGACAUAACCUUUGGGUCAGUGAACUGUAGUUUGAAGUCUACUCUUUGAUGAAGUGACGUAAUCACCGCGGGAAAAGUCGUCCAAUCGGAAGGACGACCUGUACUCAAACACAGGUGUCAGCUGCAAUUAAACAUGGCCCCCACGAUAUAGCGAAAGGGUCAAUGAACUGUAGUUUGAAGUCAACUCUUUGAAGUGACGUAACCACCGCGGGAAAAGUCGUCCAACCGGGAGAGCGACAUGUACUCUAGCACAGAUGUCUAGCUACGAUUAAACAUGGCGCCCACAUUGGCGUUUUGUAUAUAGAUGGGCAAGUUUGCAUAUACAUGGCACAGCCAAUUAACAUUUUAGGUUUGCGUUUUGACAUUACCCUGAUUAUGAAUAAUCAUGUCAUUGAUGCCUGUGACUUCUUGAAAGUAGAACCACUUCAACUGGUGAUUGCGUACAUGUGACUGAAACUAGAGCAGAAACAUGGAGAGAGGGUCCGUCAUUCGGCAGUUCUGCGGAUUGAUACUCAUAGCUGUGAUUCUUCUGACGUUGUACGGCGUUCUCCUGUUUACUACUUACAGCAGCAACAAAAGAGUCCCUCUCCACAAUCCGGAUUGUAACACAAUUAGAUCACAGUCUUCCACGGAUACAGACAGCAAUGUGAAGUAUAUCCCACCUACCUGUACCCCCAAAACCAACAUAGCCCUGGCAAAACUCCACAAGACUGGUGGGACAACGCUUAUGCAGAUCCUACACCGCAACGCCUACCUGAAAAAUCUGUCUAUAGUUGUCCCUAUUGCACCGGCCAGAGGUAGUAUUAACCUAUUCUACCCAAGAUGGCCUAAACCUGACAAAUACCUACCUCCACAAGGGGACCAUUACAACAUGUUCACAUUUCAUAGCUAUUUCAAUCACACGACUAUAGCAAAUUUACUCGGAAAUAGGACAACGUUUGUUACCAUCUUACGGGAGCCGUUGAGUCAUCUUAGGUCCCAGUUCAACUUCUAUUGGAUGGCUAAGCAUUAUAAGAUAAAAGGGCCUGAUCCGAUAGUAAAGUUUCUAGAAAACCCGGGAGAAUAUGACCACAGGAAGCCAGGGUAUCGUGGUACUAGAAACCCUAUGGCGGGGGAUCUAGGAAUGGAUACAAACAGUUUAGUCAGAUUAACAAAGCAGGCUAUGGAUAGGCUACCAGGUCAACCAAUGGAUGCUUCAGCAGUUGAAGAGAUACAGUCGUUUCUACACAAGGUUUCCAAAGAGAUGGAUCUGGUGAUGAUCAUGGAGUACUUCGACGAGUCGCUAGUCGUGCUGAAGAGGUUGAUGUGUUGGCAACUACAAGAUAUCCUGUACUACAAAAUGCUUGCGUUGAAAUAUGCUGCAAAAGAGACUGAGAUUCCUUCACAUUUGGUGAACAUUCAUCGCAAGUGGGACCUUGUUGAUUACGAACUCUACGAACACUUUAACAGAACGCUCUGGAAGAAAGUAUCGGAAAUGGGCGAAGACGACAUCAACGCAGAAAUCGCUCACUUCAAAUAUGUAAAUCUAAAAGUGCAGGAACACUGUAGUGUGGAUGAUUCUAACUAUCAACGCGUUUUGACGAUAGAAGAAACAAAAUGGAAUCCCAAGUUCACAGUCACACACGAAUUUUGUUCCUUCUUGAAAUUUGGGCAAAUGUGCUACAUAACCCUUUUACGGGACCGUAACAUACGUUACAGAAAGGCAAGCGACCACAAAUUUGAAGCGAAAUCUCGCGAUAGUCGGAGAGAUCUUUAUUCUGAACGAUACUGUGCACUCUGUGAUGAAAUCUCGCGAGAUUGUACGAUAAACGAGUACGUCACACAUCUGUUUUUUGAGAAGUCGAUCUCUCAUUUUUCGUCAAGUUUUUACCCCAGUGGUCACUCAACGAGGGGGGAAUUUGACAGAAUGUUUCACUGAGAUCUUUCCUGUGAUAAACUUUAUACAAUUUUAUAGUUCAUAAUAAUAUAUGAAAUAGUUAUUAAAACAAACGUUUAUCUAAUAAAGUCAGUCUUUAAACGUUAUUAUAUUUUUCUUUGUUGUAAUAUUUGCUCGCAGGCACAGGUGAAACGAAAAGUAUAAGAUUGCAGAGACAACCAACGGAUAUGCUGGGUACUGCAGGUUGAUGGAACACUAUGGUAUAUACAUAUUGUGACUGCAACUUUAACGACUAAGUACAAUCAAUACUAAAAGGUUUUGACAAACACGUACUUCCAUGUGUUAUUUGAUUACCUAGGGGCAGUUGAAAUACCAUAUUAAUGAAUGCAAAAUCACACAAAAAUAAACACUUUGCACAAAAGCGAGUUAUCGAUAUUUUUUUCAUUUGAAGAUUACUAAAUCAUUUAACAUCAGUUCUUUUGCUAUGGUUCAGAUCAAAAUAAGCAUGUAGAAAAAUCACACAUUAACACACAUUAACAUGUUCAGAUUAAGAGAUUUAGCUUAGUAAGUGGUCAGAAUCUGUGUAACCGUAGGAGGAGAGUAGUCCAAACGAUGACUGAAUAUCCGGUGGAAAUUGCAUUCAAUAGUUUAAUAAUAGGUUGAUAAGUAGGGAAAGAUAAGUUAGAGUCCUAUAUCGCAAUGUUUGUUGUCGAAGGUUGUUCCGACUGUAGGUAAAGGUCAGGUCAAGACUUUUAACGCUUGCGCAGUAAAAAGUAGUUCGACUGGCCCAACAAGUACAGUGUGGCGUGGAACCAUAACAAAGAUGGCGGACGGGUUGUGACACACCAACGUGGACAGCUUCACAACAGAGAUCAAUCCGCCUGGAGCAGUAAUCAACACUUGCGGGAGCCCAUAAUUCUGUACUACAAUGGAAGGAGUGCCAAUUUUCCGACUAUUCCGUGGCAUGCUGGUGUUAGCUAUCGUCACGGUAUUGUUGUAUGGUGCGAUUCUGUUCCAACGCCACAGCAAAGAUAGGAUGGUGGUACAGUACACAUCUAGCAACGUACAUAGAAGAUCCGAGUUUAUUCAAAACACAUCUACCAACGCCAAGUUUGUUCCUCCAAGCUGUACCAGGCGGACCAAGCUAGCUCUUGCAAAAGUUCACAAGACAGGAGGGACAACACUGAUGCAGAUUCUACACCGCUUUGCUUACCUAAGAAACCUGUCUUUGGUAAUUCCUAUUCAAACAAACCGUGGAAGCAUAAACGCCUUCUAUCCUGGAGGACUCAAGAAGGAAAAAUGUCUACCACCACAAGGAGAUCAUUACGACAUGUUUACUUACCACUUUGUUUACAAGCGAGACGUCUUAACAAACCUCUUAGGAAAUGGCACGUUUUUCGUCACAAUCUUACGCGAGCCUCUAAGCCAUCUCAAGUCGCAGUUCCACUUCUACGAUUUAGCUAAACGCUACAAGAUCAAAGAUACAAAAUACCCAUUGUUGAGGUUUCUAGAAAACCCGGGUGCGUACGAUAAGAAAAGGCCUGGUUACCUAGGAACGAGGAAUCCUAUGUCAGCCGAUUUGGGCAUGGGUCUUAACGUCUUGAAACAACUUACAGAACAAGCUAUGAAAUGGCAACCUGGCCAACCAACCAACAAAACGGCAAUGAGUAUCAUUGAGAAUUUGAUUCUCAAUAUUGACCAAGAUUUUGACCUUGUUAUGAUCACUGAGUACUUUGAUGAAGGUCUCGUCAUGCUCAAAAGAUUAAUGUGUUUAGACAUGCAAGAUAUUCUUUAUUACAAAACUCUUGCAUUCCUUUACAAAGGAAAGGACCAAAAAGUACCAACAUCUUCCGUCGAGAACCACAAAAGAUGGGAUAUUGUAGACUACCACCUCUAUGACUAUUUCAACAAAAGUUUCUGGCGUAGAGUUGAUCAGAUAGGAAAAGAUUUUACAGACGAAGCUACGCAUUUUAAAGAGUUGAACUUGAAAGUUCAACAGCAUUGCAGUGUUAACGAUCCCAGAAACAAUGGUGCGUUGGUCAUACCGGAAAGCAGAUGGAAUCCGCCAUUUAUCGUGACGCACGAGCUUUGUACUCUGAUGAAACUGGGACAGAUGUGUUACAUGACUCUUCUAAGAGACCGCAACAUACGUUACAACUCGAAAAAGGGCCCGGAAUCGCCAUCAAAAACUGAGGUGAAAGAAGGAGUUUUGUAUUCCAAACGGUACUGUGCCCUGUGUGAUGAAAUCUCGCGAGAUUGCACGUUGAAUGAGUACAUCGCACACUUGUUUUUUGAGAAGCACAUAUCACAUUUCCACACGAGCUUUAGUCCGCAUAAGCGAACUGGUAGGGGCCAGCGUGAAGUCGAGUUUAAUGAUUAUUCGUGAUACUGCCUAAUAUUGGAAAGUUUAAGAACAUUAUUUGGGAAAAAUAUGAAAUAUAUAUAUUUUCAAACGAUAAGGGAAUCUUAUAGCAUGGCGUGUGAGGGGGGGGGCAAUUAGCUUUCAUCUUGGAGUGAGAGAACGUUUUCUGCUGAUAAAUACUUUGAAUAAAAGGUGGUGACAUAACCCCUAAAAUGUGUGUGGCAAUUUCAACGGUUUGAUGGAAAGCAUCUUAUUAGUUAGUGUAUUGACCCCAGAACUAAAAUGACAAGUUUUUUUCAAACACUGUAACGUUACUGUAUUAUUUGACAUUACAUUGACACAUGCAAAUAGCCAGCGGGAGUUAUUUUUCAAAGAAAGCAUGUCACUGAACUUUAACACUGUGAUGACUUUAGCCGCCCUCCCCCAGUAAUUUGAACAAAUGUCACUAGGUGACAAAGAGGUCAUAGUUCAUCGCACCGACCUUUAAAAGAGCCACAGAACUGGUUGAUCAACUUACACGUUACAGUUGUCUGAUCAUUAAAGAUGGCGUAUUGACAACAACGUGACACACUACCAUGGACGGAUAACUUCCACUGUGAGGGGUAAAUUUACAAGCGACACCAUGGCGAUCCGGCUACGUCGGCAAGUGAUGAUCCUCUUUGCAAUCAUCAUUUGUAUGUGCUUCGUGAUGUUAUUAACAAGGGACAGUAAGAGCUGCAGCACUGACCGAAGUGAGCUGAGAAAAUUUGAAGUAGACACAUUCAAAAUUCCUGGGAAUACGUGGGGACAACGAGAGGAUGAUCAUACGUCUGAGAUUGUGCUGAAGAGAGCGAAAACUACCGUUAACAGUAAAACAAGCACCAAAUUCGUCCCACCAAUAUGCAGACCACGAACCAAGCUGGCUCUUGUCAAAACGCACAAGACCGGAGGGACCACGACUAUGCAGAUUCUACACCGCCUGGCUUACCUCAAAAAUCUUUCACUGGUACUCCCAACCGUUACCCACCCGGGCCGUAUGAAUACUUUCUACCCUCACAAACUCACUCCAGAUAGGUACCUACCACCACUACAAGGACACCAGUACGACAUGCUAACAUACCAUACGAUAUAUGACAGAGAAAAGUACAUCAAGCUUGUCGGACAAGAAGCAUCUUUUAUCACCAUCUUGAGGGAGCCUCUUAGCCACUUAAAGUCUCAGUUCAACUUUUACAACUUUGUGCAAAGGUUCAACAUAAGUGGCAAAGAACCGUUCGAUAAAUUUCUUGAAGACAUUGAGAUGUAUGACAAGAGUAAACCUAGCCAUCUUGGGUCUAGAAGUCCCAUGUCGUAUGACCUAGGCAUGCCACGAGAUAUUAUAGUAGAUAUCACACAACAUUCUUACCAGAGAAUACAUGGGCAACCGCUGAAUACAACUACUGUGCGAUAUAUUCAAGAUUUCUUGAAAAAAUUGUCUAAAGAAAUGGAUUUAGUUAUGAUUAUGGAAUAUUUUGACGAAUCCUUGGUGAUGCUAAAGAGACUUAUGUGUUGGGAGUUGAAGGAUAUACUCUACUAUAAAGCCCUUUCCUUCGAGUAUGCAACAAAGGAAAAACAAGUUCCCCCUACUCUAGUAGAAAACCAUCGGAAAUGGGACACUGUAGACUACCACCUCUACGAACACUUUGUGAAAAUCUUUAAACAAAAGAAAAAAGACAUAGGGCUAGAUUUCACACGCGAAGUUGAGAACUUUCAGAAAAUAAAUAUGGCGGUGAGAAUACACUGUAGUGAGACCGCAUCCGAAGGCAAAGAAGAUUUGAUCAUACAGGAGACAAAAUGGAACAAAGCGUUUGUAGUGACACAGGAAUUCUGUACUAUAAUGAAAUACGGUCAACUGUGCUAUAUGACUCUUUUAAUGGAUCGCAACCAUCGGUAUAGAAAUCCAAAAGUAAAGAACAAGAAAUUGUCCAGCGCUCACUUAUACGCACCUCAGUAUUGUAACCUAUGUAGUAGAAUAUCCACUGACUGUACCAUGGGUGAAUAUGUUACGCAUAUUUUACAUGAAAAUUAUGUUAAUCGCUAUGAUUCUAGUUUCAGUCGCAAUCGGCACACUGUGGACGGACAAAAUCAGGAAGAUUUUCAUGUUUAGAUAAUAAUAAUUAUUACGUGUAAAAUAGUUGUAUUUGUAGGAUAUCAUCUUCUCGUAAUGCCCCCUUCCCCUUCCCACCAGUGUGGCAUUAUAUAAUACUUCUCAAUAAAUAUUAAUAUAUAUUCUACAGUUUUGUGUGUCAAAGACAUGGACAAAUAGAUGAACUUAAUUGACACAGUGUUUCACGUAAAUCUUGGAUUGAAAUAAAGGAAUUCUAUGAAUUCA